AAGUAGCAUCCUGACAAUGCAAUGCUCGGCAGUUAGGAGUAUUGCACAGCAUCCUCAGUACAGCUCGGUUUGACAUCUCAUCUCCAACUGGACAUGGAACUCAGAGUGGGAUUGGCGCUUUUGCUUCAGCUGCAGCUGGCCUCUUCCUUCAAACUGGUUUGUUACUACACCAACUGGGCUCAGUACAGACCGGCUGCCGGUAAAUUCUUCCCCGAGAAUGUGGACCCCUGCCUGUGCACCCACUUGAUCUACGCCUUUGGCAGUAUGACCGCUAACCACGAACUUACCACCUACGAAUGGAAUGAUGACAUUAUGUAUCCGAGAUUCCAAGCACUUAAGAACAGUAAUAAGGACCUGAAGACAUUGUUGGCUAUAGGAGGCUGGAACUUCGGGACUCAAAGGUUCACCAGCAUGGUUUCCAGCGCAGCCAAUCGCAAGACUUUCAUCGACUCGUCCAUCAGGUUCCUGAGGAAACAUGGCUUUGAUGGACUGGAUCUGGAUUGGGAAUAUCCCGGUUCCAGAGGAAGUCCUCCAGAGGAUAAACAGCGUUUCACCGUCCUCGUCAAGGAAAUUUUGGAAGCGUUUGAAAACGAAGGACAAGCGACAGGAAGAGCUCGUCUGUUGGUCACAGCUGCGGUGUCCGCUGGCAAAGGAACCAUCGAUGCCGGCUACGAAAUGGGUCUCCUCGGCAAAUACUUCGAUUUCAUCAGCGUGAUGACGUAUGAUUUCCAUGGUGCCUGGGAAACCAAAACCGGACACAACAGCCCGCUGUACCGCGGCUCGACUGAUCAAGGCGACAUGAUAUACUUUAACACUGACUUUGCUAUGAAAUACUGGAGAGAUGAUGGGGUCCCGGCCGAAAAGCUGCUGGUGGGAUUCGCUACGUACGGACGCACCUUGAGACUCUCCACGUCGAACUCUGGGGUGGGAGCUCCAGCAAGUGGACCUGCACCAGCUGGAACCUACACCAGAGAGGCUGGGUUCUGGGCUUACUAUGAGAUCUGCGACUUCUUGAAGGGGGCACAAACCUCAUGGAUUGAGGAUCAGAAGGUGCCUUAUGCCUACAAAGGAGAUCAGUGGGUUGGGUAUGACAAUACGAAAAGCUUCGAAGGCAAGGUCGCCUGGCUCAAACAGAACAGCUUCGGAGGAGCCUUUGUGUGGACUCUCGAUCUGGACGAUUUCACUGAUUCUUUCUGCAGCCAGGGUCGCUAUCCUCUGAUCUCCAAACUGAACUCUCUGCUUGGAAUUUCUCAAGAUUGCACCCCUGGACCAAACCCCAGCCCGGGUCCAACCACUACCACAACCCCUGGUGGGGGUGGUCCUGGGGACGGAAGCUUCUGCGAUGGAAAGCCUGACGGGGUGUACGCUCACCCAGACGCCAGCAAUAAGUUCUACGAAUGUGCCGGAGGGAAGACCUUCGAAAAGACCUGCCCCAACGGAUUAGUCUUCGACGAGUCCUGCAAAUGCUGCAAUUGGCCUUAGAGGCUACAAGUCGCCAACCCUCCACCCCACCUCUCGAGUACAAAUAUUUGUGUAGACUAAGCGGAUGCCAGUUAGAUUAGAGCAAAUAAAAGCAAUGAAACGUG